AUGAAGUUGACUACAGCGACUGCUCUCUUGGCUCUUUCGCCUUUGACAGAGGCUACCAAGCCGCCAGUGAGCUCAAAGAAGCUCCAAAAGCUCAUCACUGAGAAGGGGUUGAUGCACAACUUGAAGAAACUCAAUGCCAUCGCCUACGCCAAUGGAGGAAACCGUGCAUUCGGUCUUCCAGGAUAUGCCGCCUCAGUAGACUUCAUCUACCACGAAAUCUCCAAACUAAAGGGCUUCAAGACAUGGAAGCAGGACUUCCCCGCCAACUUCACGCAAACUCUCGCAGCUGAGGUUACUGUCGAUGAUGAAUCGUUCAGAACUAUCGCUUUGACUUAUACACCCAGUACUCCUGAGGAGGGCGUAACAGCUGAGCUUGUUCAUGGUCCGGAAGGUGAAGCUGCAUGUGAUGCCGCAAACUAUGAAGGUCUAGGUGUCAAAGGAAAGGUUGUCCUCGUUGAACGUGGUCUUUGCCCUGACGGUACCACUUUUGCUGGCAAGGUUAAGCCAGCUGCUGCUGCCGGUGCCCAGGUCGUUGUUCUUUAUAACUCGGAUGAGACUAAGCUUACAGCUGGUACUCUAUCUGCACCUAACCCAAAGGAGUACGUGCCCGCUGGACUUAUCGACCAAGACCCUGGGCAGGCUCUCAAGGCUAGACUUGAUGCUGGAGAAAAGCUCGAGGUGUUUGUCAAGAUCAUUCAAACUAUCGAAGAGCGCAUCACCCAGAACGUCUUUGCCGAAACCAAGGGUGGCGAUGGCGAAAAUGUCGUCAUGCUCGGCGCUCAUCUCGACUCCGUGCAGGCAGGACCUGGUAUCAAUGAUGAUGGAUCAGGAACAACUCUGAUCCUCGAAACGGCAAAGGGUCUACAGCACUUUUCCACCAAGCUCAAAAUCCGCUUUGGAUGGUGGGGCGCCGAGGAGAACGGCCUUGUUGGAUCUCGCUACUACGUCAACAACCUAAAGACCGCUGACGUUGAUAACCUCCUGGCUUAUCUCAACUUCGACAUGGUAUCUCGUGGCUUCUUUGGUGUUUUUGACGGAACUGGUGAGAACAAGGGCCCCGGUGGACCUCCUGGCUCGGAAGUCAUUGAGGAUCUGUUCCGAGAGUUCUUUGAGAAAGAAAAGAUCGAAGUUACACCCGUUGGUCUCACCGGUGGAACAGACUACGUUCCCUUCCUCCAGGUCAUCAAAAAGCCAGUUGGCGGUCUCUUCACUGGAACUGGUCUUGAGCAGGAUGCUUGCUAUCACCAGGCUUGCGAUAACAUUACUAACCCUGUUCCUGAGACUCUGCACAUCAAUGCUAAAGCGGCUGCACAUGUUUUGAGUAAGCUUGCUAUCGAUGGUGUUAAGCUUAUUCCCAAGACACCGUCUAACACGACAGUUGGGUCGAUCAAGAGAGUCAGAGAUGCUGCUUCGUUACAUAUGCAUGAUGUCACUGGCUUCGAGGGCAAGAUCUGUGAUCACGAUAUUAUCUAG